AUGAAAGGGCCGGCGCCAGGUGAUGGAGGCGGGGGAGGGCGCGGGCAGCGGGGAGGGCGCGGGGACCCGCAAACCGGGCACCGCACCGGGCACCGCGCCGGGCACGCACCGGGCAGCCGCACCGGGCCCGCGCCCGGGGCACACGCGCCGGGCACGCCGCGUCGCCUGCCGCUCACCGCCCGUUCUCCCUAUCCCGGCAGGUCGCUGAGCCCUCCGCCGGCGCUCGCCGCCCCGACAUCGCGGGGCCGCUCGCGGCAAGAAUUUCGGAGAGGGGAGGCGGGGUGGACGCCACGCACGGUUCCCUGUGCCCAGGACCCGUGGCACCGCGGCCAUGUCCAUGCCGGGGAGCAGACGCUCGUCCACUGGAUCACGAAGGUGAAUAUGCUGCAACCUCUGGCUCCAGGACCGGGCACCAGCACCUGCAGCCGGGAGGGGAUGAUCCCCACGCCUCCACCACCAGCUGCCACUUCGCAGCACGAACCCCCAGCCCAGCUUUCGGGGGGUUGCAUGGCGCUGCCCACUGCACAGCACUUCCCUGUCCGUGCAUGUGGCCCCCUGAGCGCUGCACUCCCCGUCCCUCUGUCCGUCUGUGCCACGGCCAGGAUCGACCCCACCGUCCAUCUGGGCGAAGGCAGGCAGCGCCCCUCGCCCCCCGGGAGGGACACCUACGGCACCUCCUCGCUGAGCAGCAGCAGCAAUUCUGGCUCCUGCAAGGGCAGCGACAGCAGCCCCACCCCAAGGCGCUCGUCCAAGUACAACCUCUGCAGUGACAACCAUGGGAUAAAGCCGCCGACGCCGGAGCAGUACCUGACCCCCCUGCAGCAGAAGGAGGUCUGCAUCCGGCACCUGAAGGCUCGCCUGAAGGACACACAGGAGCGGCUGCAGGACAGGGACGCUGAGAUCGAGGACCUGAAGACGCAGCUGUCACGGAUGCAGGAGGACUGGAUCGAGGAGGAGUGCCACCGCGUGGAGGCCCAGCUGGCGCUGAAGGAGGCCCGCAAGGAGAUAAAGCAGCUGAAGCAGGUCAUCGACACAGUGAAGAACAACCUGCUGGAGAAGGACAAGGGCCUCCAGAAGUAUUUUGUGGACAUCAACAUACAGAACAAGAAGCUGGAGACGCUGCUGCACAGCAUGGAGGUGGCGCAGAACGGGGCGCUGAAGGAGGAGGGGGCUGGCGAGUCAGCCGGGGGGUCCCCGGCCCGAUCCCUCACCCGCAGCUCCACCUACACCAAGCUGAGCGACCAGGGGGCCGGGGACCGCAACGUGGGGGGCUCACAGACCAUCUCGCUGGACGAGGGGGCCGACAGUGGCUUCGUGGGGAUGGAGGAGGCUCCGGGCCACACGGACCCACUGGAGGUGGGGGGUGAGCCUGGCACCCGCCUGCCCCCCAACAACACCUACGAGAAGGUGCUGGGACUGCGGGGCAGCGUGGAGGCAGGGGUGCAGGCCAGCUGCAUGCAGGAACGGGCCAUCCAGACGGACUUUGUGCCCUGCCAGCCCGACCUGGACACCAUCCUGGAGAAGGUGAUGAAGUCCCAGGCUUGCAGCUUGGGCAGCCCCACCUCCGCCUGGGUCUCCGAAAUGGAAGACACGAUGCCCGUCCCUGAGCUCGCCAACCCCGCUGGGGCCACGGACAUGCUGGUGGCCGAGCCCGAUGCCACGACGGCGGGUACCGGUGCUGAGGGAAGUGCCCCCUGCAACCCGGCGGUGCGGCAGCCCCCCAGCGCCAGCCCCUCGGUGGCCAUCUGCCGAGGAGGAGCUGACGGAGCGACGCUCCGAGAACAACCCUUCCAAGAGCUACUGGACCGCCACUUCAUCGUGGAUCUGCUCGCAGUCGGUGUGCCAGCGGGUGCCCACGGUGGCCUGCGCUGUGCGCCUUCGCAAGCGCGGCAGGGCCAGCCCAUCUACACAUCAGCUCCCAUGCUGCGGGGCUGCUGCACCGUCGCCCUCCACUCCAUCCGCAGGAUGGGCUGUCGCCCCGUCGCCAAGCCCUGCCCCGCGGGCAGCCGCCCAGCCCUGACCCCCCGGAGCCCCCACCCCGCCCCCACGGACCCGACUGCUGAUUGUAACAACCCCUGUGUGCACUGGCGGGGGACGGCCGACGGUGGAGGGGUCUGUGGGUGUGUCGGGGUGUGCUACCCCCUCCAGCUCCUCUGUCCUGGAGGAAGGAAAGGACUGUUGUUGGAAGAGGGGCACUAA